AUGAUCGCUAGUUUCCUCUUCCUCGGCCUUGCAUCGUCGGCUUGGGGUGUCACACCAGACGAACAAACAUGGCACGCACUCAACAACAGUGUCGACGGACGUCUCUAUAGUGCCUUUCCUCUGGCUGGUUCAUGCUUCUCCAUCGUGAAUGGCCAUGAUGUUGUCAGGGACGCGUCCGCCUGUUCAGCGAUAGAGGCGGGAUAUACCAAUGCAUCUUUCAGAGUAGCCGAAUUUGGCGCAUAUAUGAUAUCUGAAUGGGAAGGCUGUCAAAGCGAGUCUAAACAGUGCCUCCUUGAUGAUACCAACCCCACGAACCCGGAUGCAUGGACCUCGUUCAACUGCUCACAGGGUAGUAUCGCACCGCGCUAUAUCGACGUUCAAGCGGCAUCGGAUGUGGUUUCUGCUUAUGAAUUCAGUUCAAGGCAUGGCGUUCCUUUGGUUAUCAAGAACAGUGGACACGACUACAAGGGACGUUCCUCCAAGAAGGGUGCUCUUGGUCUCUGGGUGCACAAUCUCAAAGGGAUUACCUACUCCUCUUCCUUCACCCCAUCCGGUUGCCCAGAUACGGUGAGGUACCAUGCAAUCACCGUCGGAGCAGGUGUCAGCUGGCAGGAAAUAUACCAAUUCGCUGACCUGAAUAACUUAACUGCAAUCGGCGGAUAUCACCAGACCAUUGCAGCCAGUGGCGGCUGGGUGAUGGGAGGUGGCCACAGCGUGCUAUCACCCAUUUACGGCCUCGGAGUCGAUCGCGUACGCCAAUUCAAAGUGGUCACGCCAGAUGGCGUAUAUCGUACUGUCAACGAAUGCGAAAACGCAGACUUAUUCUGGGCGCUAAGGGGUGGCGGAGGUUCGACUUUCGGUGUCGUGCUCGAGAGUUCUCAUGCUGUGGAGCCCACCUCCAUUUUGCUACAGGUUGCCUCCAUCAAACAUACCGGGAAUUUGACCGCCCAAGGUGAUUGGCUUGAGUUACUGGUUGAUAAGGCUCUCGGCUGGGGAACAGAAGGCUGGGGCGGUCAUAUGACGGCCACAUCCCUGAUCAACGUGACACCGCUUUUGUCGCUUGAAGAAGCGCACGCAAGUGUUGCACCGGCGGUUGCAUUUGCGCUCCGGAACGGGGGCACGGCGGUUAUCGAAACGCUUACCUGGCUAGCAUUCUUCAACAAAUACGUUCUGGUGGCGGAAGCCGCUGUAGGCGUGCCAACCAUCCUUGGCACCCGGCUCAUGCCCACCCAGUUGUUCCAGUCGGCUGAUGGUCGCACAAAAAUUUCCUCCAACAUGAUUAAAUUCCUUACAACCGCGGGCCCGUAUAUUAUCCAAGGCACACCGUUCCUAUACAAAGGGUCGAGGAACGCUACUAGUAUCACACCGGCAUGGUACAAUUCACUGUGGCAUCUCGGCGUGAGUCGUGGAUCGUGGAAUUACAACGCUACCCUGAACGACAAAAAGUUGAUUUACUCGACGGUGCAUAAUGUAACCCAAGCCUACAGAGACAUCGCUCCCGAAUCGGGGGCUUAUUUCAAUGAAGGUGAUGUCUACGAGACAGACCACGAGCAGGCAUACUGGGGGGCAAACUACCAAACACUCCUGCAGAUCAAACAGAAAUACGAUCCGCACGGGAUCCUAGAUUGUUGGCAAUGCGUCGGCUGGAAAGGAUCGGAUAGCCCGGAAUACGACUGUUACCUGAACGUUCUCGUAUGA